UGCGGCAGCGAGCUGCGGUUGUUGAUUCUCCGGCAGCGCUCGCCACAACAAAAGUUGCGUGCGAGAAACUAGCGCAGGCGCGGCAGCAACGCCCGGUCUUUUGUCGUUGCAGUGUUAGCCAAUCACAGAACAAUAUUAUAAUCAUGCGGCAGCAACUCGGCAGUCAUGUGAUGCCAUUUUAUUGUAAGCAAUAUGGCGGCGAAUCAGCACUCUCACGAAGACUCCCUAGGUUGGACAAGGCAGAAAUUGGUGGAAUUGGUUGAGACAUACCAGAAUAGACCAUGCCUGUAUGACAACACAAGUCCUGGCUACCACAACAGAGAGGAAAGAUCAAGAUCAUGGAUUGAAAUAGCUGAUCUCAUGGGCAAUCAAGAGGAUGAAAUCCGAGCUAAGAUGAAGAGCAUCCGUACCCAGUAUGCCCGCAUCAUUCAGAAAGGACAACACCCCAAGUGUAAAACUGGUCACACCGUCUCCUCGUGGUGGUUACUUCCUAAUCUGAAUUUCUUAGAUGACUUCAUCAUUCCACGGAAGGCUGACUCCGAGUCAAUCAAGGAAAAUGACAUUGCAGAGUUGUCUCUACUGAGUCAAGUGAGAGAUGUUGGACGCACUUACAAGGAAGACAGUAAUUCAUUGGAGAAUGGUGAUGUCGCUGAAAUGAUGUAUGACAGCAUGAUUCCAGAUUCUGACUUUCCACAACCUCAAAGCACUUCACGAAACAACCCCGGACAGUCGAACCAGCUCGAGGAGCAUGUAUCUGUUCGAGAAUCCUCGCCUUACCAGUCACCGUUCACUCAACGCAUUUCGCCCAUAUCGAUAUCACGUCCGUCCAUCACCCAGUAUCGUAGCGCCAGAUCGAAGGUGCGUAAACCAUUUAAGAAACUAAAGAGAGAUCAAACGGCCAUCAGCCUACCGUCUGGAUCUACUUCCAACGCUUCAAAGCCUCCUGAUGCUGCUGAGCAGGGCAAUGACAAAUUACUCUUAAAAGCAGUCCUUACGUACGCAGAGAAGACCACCCGAGAUGACGAUGAAGAUGCAGUCUUUGGGCGCUACGUUGGCAAUGAGAUGAGAAGUGUUACCGAUUUACAGGCAAAGAGAAUUGCUAAGAUGAGAAUUCAGAAAGUUCUCUUCGAGGCCCAGACCGGCUGGACCGAGACUUCAAAUGAAGGGGUUUAUCAUGCCCCCCGGGACGGAACAACUACACAAGAUAACUUUCCUGUAGGGGUUGUUUGCAGUACCAAUAACAGUAGAGUUAUCUGAGUAAAAUUAGACAACCUGAAUUUAUUAUUUUAGGAAGACAAUCUCUAGAGUUUAGUAGCUUCUUGCCAUAUCUAUGGAUUUUAUGAAUUCUUUUUGAUUUUUUUUUCAUAUAAAUUUAGAGCAUAUAGUUGGUAGAGGUACUGCUGUGAGAUUGUUAAUGAUGUACUGCUAAAAGAACCUUUUUUCGUCCCAGAAAAGUUUAUGUAGUAUGUACCCUACCUUUACCAUUUAUAAUUGGUUAACUACAUGAGCUUGUUAGAGAUUUAAUUAGUAUUCACUUGUUUAUUAUGUCGAAUUUGUGAGGGGAAAGAAUUUAACUGAUUGACUGAGCAUAGCCCUUCCAUUUCUGCCUUUGGUGUAGGAAACUAUUCUCUGGGUGAUAUACUUAAAGUGCACUUCAUGAGUUUAGACAUUAAUAUCUUUAUUAUAAGAGAAUAGAGAUAAACAUUGUCAGAAGGAAUAAAGACGUGCUGCAGCAGGGCUCUACACUAAGUUUUUCCCACAGUGUCCUUAGUCAUUUUUGUUUAUCCCCCCCCCCCCCCCCCCGAUUUAAAUGUCAAAACAGUGGGUUUCUGAAAUUUAUGUUUUUGGGGGUCCAUGUGUACCUUAUCCCUGUUACUGUCUAUCCCAGGCUAAGGUUCAGUAUACAUGUUAAACAUUUAGAGAGUUAGGAAUCAAGACUUAAUCCUGGAACAUUAUUCUUUCAAUCGUCAAACCUUUCAGGCAGCCUUUCCGGGAGUGUAUGAUUGAAUUGUAGGAGGGUAAAUAGUAGGGUUUUGUGACAAGCAUUUUUUUUCUGUUACAGGUGACCCUUCUUCAAGAAUUACAUUGCAGUAUUUGAUAGCUUUAUAUUUUGUCCAAAGUAUAUUUGCAAGUAAAAUAAAGUAAACAAUUCCAAAGGUCCAAGAUUA